AUGACUCCGUCUUUUGCGACCGGUAUUGCCAUUUCAAUUUAUGCGCACAUGACCAGCAGCAACUCUCGAAUCUUCACGUCUUACUCGGCUUUCCUUUAUCUUAUCGGCAAUGUAAUCAAACCUUUCUACUGUGGAUUGGAUCGUCAAGACGUCGAAAGAUGGUCGCAGGAGAUGUUAUCGCGUCAUCCUGUUGACUUCAACAACAUGGCAAGCAUCACAGAACUUCUCAACGAGUUCCCCCCAACCAGAAGGCGAGCAGAGAUAGGCAACGUGCACGCAUAUCAUGCACAAUCAAGUGCUGCCACGAAGACGUGGUGUUUGGCUCCCAACAAACCCUCAACUCCUCACAUUCGAUACUCUUCCCCUUUCGAGCCUAUCUGCGAACGUGGCUGA